CCCCCCGGCCCCGCCCCUCCUCGCGGCCUCAGCGUCUUCCUUCCGGGUCGCGCUGGGCCGGGUUUGCGGUGGUUGUGCAGCGGCCAGAGAGCCGGGGAGCCGCCCCCGCACCCCGGCCUUCUCGCACUGCCUGGUCGCUGGUGAAGCCCGCUGCGCGCGCCUCUCCCGGACCCUGCAGGGUAAAAGAAUGUCACAUGUCAGCAUUUGUACCUGAAGUCAGUAUGCAAAUUUCAGGGUACAUGGAUGAAUGCCAACUUUUGCAUUUCCCAUGUGUAUCCUGUGGCCAUUCUAUCCGGGAACAUCCUUCAAAGAGUUCAUGCGUCUUACUGAGGACACCUGACCUUUUGAAGCUUCAUAAUUCACAUCUAGAUGUCACCGGUCUUUCCCAUGUUAACAGUUCUGACUGUGUUUUAUUAUAUAUGCCUUCGGCGCCGAGCCAGGACAGCUACAAGAGGAGAGAUGAUGAGCAGCCAUAGAACUAUAGAAUCAAACAGCCGGACUUCUCCUCUCAAUGCGGAGGUGGUCCAGUAUGCCAAAGAAGUAGUGGAUUUCAGUUCCCAUUAUGGAAGUGAGAAUAGUAUGUCCUAUACCAUGUGGAAUUUGGCUGGCGUACCAAAUGUAUUCCCAAGUUCUGGUGACUUUACUCAGACAGCUGUGUUUCGAACUUAUGGGACAUGGUGGGAUCAGUGUCCUAGUGCUUCCUUGCCAUUCAAGAGGACGCCACCUAAUUUUCAGAGCCAGGACUAUGUGGAACUUACUUUUGAACAACAGGUGUAUCCUACAGCUGUUCAUGUUCUAGAAACCUAUCAUCCUGGAGCAGUCAUCAGAAUUCUCGCUUGUUCUGCAAAUCCUUAUUCCCCAAAUCCACCAACUGAAGUAAGAUGGGAGAUUCUUUGGUCAGAGAGACCUACGAAGUUGAAUGCUUCCCAAGCUCGCCAGUUUAAACCUUGUAUUAAGCAGAUAAAUUUUCCUACAAAUCUUAUACGACUGGAAGUAAAUAGUUCUCUUCUGGAUUAUUACACUGAAUUAGAUGCAGUUGUGCUACAUGGUGUGAAGGACAAGCCAGUGCUUUCUCUCAAGACUUCACUUAUUGACAUGAAUGAUAUAGAUGAUGAUGCCUAUGAAGAAAAGGAUGGUUGUGGAAUGGACAGUCUUAACAAAAAGUUUAGCAGUGCUGUCCUCAGGGAAGGGCCAAAUAAUGGAUAUUUUGAUAAACUACCUUAUGAGCUUAUUCAACUGAUUCUGAAUCAUCUUACACUACCAGACCUGUGUAGAUUAGCACAGACUUGCAAACUACUGAGCCAGCAUUGCUGUGAUCCUCUACAAUACAUCCAUCUCAAUCUGCAACCAUACUGGGCAAAACUAGAUGACACCUCUUUGGAAUUUCUACAGUCUCGAUGCACUCUUGUCCAGUGGCUUAAUUUAUCUUGGACUGGCAAUAGAGGCUUCAUCUCUGUUGCAGGAUUUAGCAGGUUUCUGAAGGUUUGUGGAUCUGAAUUAGUACGCCUUGAAUUGUCUUGCAGCCACUUUCUUAAUGAAACUUGCUUAGAAGUUAUUUCUGAGAUGUGUCCAAAUCUACAAGCCUUAAAUCUCUCCUCCUGUGAUAAGCUACCACCUCAAGCUUUCAACCACAUUGCCAAGUUAUGCAGCCUUAAACGACUUGUUCUCUAUCGAACAAAAGUAGAGCAAACAGCACUGCUCAGCAUUUUGAACUUCUGUUCAGAGCUUCAGCACCUCAGUUUGGGCAGUUGUGUCAUGAUUGAAGACUAUGAUGUGAUAGCUAGCAUGAUAGGAGCCAAGUGUAAAAAUCUCCGGACCCUGGAUCUAUGGAGAUGUAAGAAUAUUACUGAGAAUGGAAUAGCAGAACUGGCUUCUGGGUGUCCACUUCUGGAGGAACUUGACCUCGGCUGGUGCCCAACUCUGCAGAGCAGCACCGGGUGCUUCACCAGACUGGCACGCCAGCUCCCACACUUGCAAAAACUCUUUCUUACAGCUAACAGAUCUGUAUGUGACACAGACAUUGAAGAAUUGGCAUGUAAUUGUACCAGGUUACAGCAGCUGGACAUACUAGGAACAAGAAUGGUAAGUCCGGCAUCCUUAAGAAAACUCCUGGAAUCUUGUAAAGAUCUUUCUUUACUUGAUGUGUCCUUUUGUUCGCAGAUUGAUAACAGAGCUGUGCUAGAACUGAAUGCAAGCUUUCCAAAAGUGUUCAUAAAAAAGAGCUUUACUCAGUGACUUAAUAUAUGUUCUGUAAUAAAAUUAAUGUGCUUUGGUGGGGUUUAUUUUGGGAUUGGUUUUGGGUUUUGGUUGUAGUUGUUUUAAUGGUAAGAAUUAAGAUAUUUGUAGAUUUUAAAGAAAAAUAUGAAGUGGACUGUCCAUUAAAUCAAGUAAAAAUGUGCACAAAUGUUUUCAUAAAAUAUUGCAAGCACUUCUCUUCAAGAAUAUGUGAGUGGAUGAUAUUUUUACCUUAUGUUAAUCAGUGAUAUGCUUUAGUCAAUAAUAUGAUUGAUAAAAGAAUAACAUGGAAACAUGCUAACUUAUUUUCAAAAGAACACUAAGCAAUAAAGUAUCAUGGUAUUUAUGCAAAAAAAAAGGUAAUUUUUUACACCUCCAUGUAAAGAUGUCUUAUUAAGCCUGUGACCUGGCAAGUGUUUUGUUCAGUAUGUACAAAAUGGUCAGAGCUAGUUGGAGAAAGAGACAUGCUUUUCCAGCUGUUUGGUUAUUUCUUUGAAUUAAUUGUUCAACUGGAAAAUUUGUAGUUUUUCUAGCCAGGUGUGGUGGCACACACUUGUAGUCCUAGUGGUACAGGAGGUGGAGGCAGGAGGAUUACUUGAGAUGGGAUUUUGAGACUCUAGUGUACUUACGACUACACCUGUGAACAGCCACUGCACUCCAACCUGGGCAAUGUAGCAGGUCCCUUUCUCUUAAAGAAAAUUGUAGUGUUUCCGCUUUUCUUCUGAUAUUUUUGUCUAUUUCACUACGGGAUAAUGCCAAUAUAAAAAUUUUGGUAUAAUCAAGAAUAAGAGGUAAACUACUAAACAAAAAAGCUUUCCAACUGCUAGAAGCAGAUGCCUUAACAUUUUGCAAAAGGUAAAGUUUUGAGGUUUCUGAAUAUAUGUGGAUUUUCUUUAUAUAUUAAAAAAAUCAUAAAUGUGGAUAUAUAUAUAAAAUUAUACAAAUUAUACAAAAACAUACAUUGUUUUGUUAAAAAAUUAAUUAAUUCUGCUACUGAGAAAGUAGAAAAUAUUUUGUGGCACGAAAAGGCACAGCUGUUUUGAACAGAAAACUAAUAUUAACUGUAGUAUAACAAAAUUCAUUGUCCUACUCAGUGCAAAAUGGUUAUAUUCCAGCAUCUGCACACCCUAGCAUGAUCCUGUAGAACUGUGGUAAUACUGUAGCCACUAAAAUAGCCGCUAAUGUGGCUAUUUUAUUAAUUUUAAUUGAAUUCAAGUAGGACUUCACUGUUUCAGUUGCACUAGCUACAUGUCAAGUGUUCAGUAGUCAUAUGAGGAUAAUGCUUCCUUUGUGCCUGGCCCUGUUUCUUGUGCUUUGCAUUUACUAAUUCAAUUCUCACAACAACCCUGUAAGAUAAAUGCCAUUACUAACCCCCAUUUACAGAUGAGGAAACUGAGGCAAAAAAAGAUUGAAUAAUUUACUCAUGAUCCUAAAGCUGCUAGUGGCAGAGCCAACAUAUAAACCCGGGCCAUCUGGCUUCUGAGGCGUUGCAUUCAACCUGUGCUUUUAAAUGUUCAGGGUAGCUUCUGGCUCUAGGGCAGAGGUCAGGAAACUUUUUCUAUAAAGGGCCAGAUAGUAAAUAUUUUAGGCUUUGUGGGCUAAGAGGUAAAACUGAGAUUGAUAUGUAGGUACUUAAAUAACUGGAGAGAAAUAACAUUUGCACAAAAAUUUUGUUGACAAAAUUCAAAACAAUAAUUGAGAACUAUCUUUUUGUAAUAUG